AACUGAACUCGAGCCAAGCGGUCGGCCUACGCGCAUGUUUUUUAACCAAGUUAAAAGCAGUGCUAACAAACAAAAGUGCAACAACAACAACGACGACGACGACGACGAGAGCAACAACAAGAAUAUUUUGUUAACUAGCCUGCUACGCUAGCCGCUGCAGUUUUGUGCGACAAUUUAUAACUGUCUAUAAAUAAAGCUUAAAGACAAAGCCCCGGCGUGUGCAAAAAGGCGUGCGGCAAAGUGAAGCGAAAAAAAGUAAAAAAAAAAUAAAAAAGCAUAAAAAUUCCGCAGAUCGUUCGGUGUGCGCGGCGUGUUGUUGGUCAAGCGCAGAGCAAAACUAAAAAAUAAAAUCAAGCAAAAGGUGCGAGACAAGAAAUUAAAUUGAUAAAGCUUAAAGCAAAAGCAAACAAUAACAACAAGAACAGCGAGCGAACCCUUGACCGUUUGCCUUGGCAGUUGCCGCAGUUCAGUUCAGCGAGUUGAACUUGGACUUGGACUUGUCGCGCGUCUGUGGCAAUUAUCAAGCAGAGUGCAUCAGGCUGGGAAUGCCAGACGCGUCUAAAACACAGACACAGCCACAGAGUGUAUGUGUGUGUGUGUGUGUUUAGUGUGUGUGCGCGUGUGUGUGUAAAUAGCUCAAAGCCACGAAAUUGCUUUUAUCGCUGCGCCAAAAUCGCCAAUUGGCAAAAAUUGAAAAAAUAUAUAUAUACACUAUAUAUACAACAAUAUAUAACAGCAAAAACUAGCUAAGGGCACAACAACAACAACAAAAGCGCAUCGCGUGGAGCAAACAGCGCGCACGAGAUAAACUCCAAAAAGAGCAACAACAACAGCAACAACAACAGCAACAACAGCGCAGCGGCAACAACGAAAUAUUACCCGUGAGGCAUAUGCGCUAUGUGGCAGACAAACUUACAAACAUACAUGUGGCAGCAACAACAACAACAAUAGCUACAGUGACUGCAAAAGCAAAAUGUAUAAUAAAAAAUUACAACAAGUGAUCGUGCAGAAAAUAGAUCGAUAAAGCAAACAACAACAAAAGUUUAUAUAUAUAUAGAAAUAGCAACAACAAAUAAAAGCACGUUUUUCGGCCCGCUGUUGUUGUUUGUUUGUAUUGGUGUGGGCCAAUGCACUUACAAUAGAACUCAAGUCUCAAGUAUUUGUUGCAUUUACUACGCCCAAGCGACGCGCGCGUUCGUUCGUUCGUUCGCUCACAAAAUUUAUUAAACAAAAAGCCAAACGAAAAUUAAUUUCACGACUUUAGUCGCCGCCGCCGCCGCCGUCGCAGCGCUGAGCUGAGCUGAGCUGAAGUUUGUGAGAGCGACUGCUGAGCGAGCGACAGCAAAAUGUACGACAUCAAGCGUCUGGAAGCCGAACAACACUUGAGAAUUCAGAACGAGCGAUUGAGCGGAGCAGCAGCGACGUCGUCGUCAACACAGCUUAGCUGCAGCGUUAUAACGCCCAGCGCCACGCCCACACUGCACUGCAGCCCCAUCGAAGCCACACACAUGACACUGUUGACGCUGCGUCGACGUCGCGCGUUUCAGCGUCGCGCCUGCCUGCUCAGCAUAUUGGCAGCCUUUGUGUUCGGCAUGGCCUUGGGUGUGAUAGUGCCAAUGCUAGGACUGCCCGAUUACUUUGCCAGCAGCAGCGCCGAGAGCAGACUGAACCUAAGCGAGCAGCUCAUGGACAGCAGCAGCUCGCCGCUGCCCUAUAGCGUUGCCUUUGUGAAUGCGCCGCAGCUGGAGCUGAGCGCUGAGCAAGUGUUUCGCAAUGUUUUUCAUCUGGAGCAGGAUAAGCAAGCGCCGGACUCAAUGCUGGUCAAGAAGCUGGACACAAGCGAUGGCAGCAUUAAGGAGUUUCAUGUGCAGCGCAUAGCCAAUGGGCGAUUUCGCAAAGGACCUGAGCGACGUUUGAGCAAAAGCAAAGCGACAGUUCAAGCGUCUAGCCAGCAGCAGCAGCAGCAGCUGCCUGGCAUCAUCGCUGAGCAUAUUUACUGGGGUGAGCUGGUGGAGCGUGCGCUGCCAGCAGGAUUUGCAGCGCAGCAGCAGCGCAGCUGGCAGCGCUACGUAGCGCAGGAGGGACAAGUGCUCAGACUGGAGUCCGGCUGUGGACGCAUGCAGAAUCGUCUAGUUGUAUUCGCCGACGGCACACGCGCCUGCGCGCGCUAUCGCCAAAAUACGGAUCAAAUACAAGGCGAAAUCUUUAGCUACUAUUUGGGACAGCUGCUCAAUAUAUCGAAUCUGGCGCCCAGCGCUGCAACCAUCAUCGAUACAACGCAGUCCAGCUGGUCUGCCGCUUUGACAGACAUUACACAAGCGCAAUGGAAGGAGCAGCGUCCAGUGGUGCUGACGCGCUGGUUAACCGAUCUGGAGCCCGCUGGCAUACCGCAGCCGUUUCAGCCGCUCGAGCGUCAUCUGAACAAACAAGAUGUUUGGAAUAUAACGCGCCAACUGUUGCCUGCCAGCGCGCAAACGGCAGCGCAUCCAUCAAGCACGCUUGAGCAGUCCGCGUCGCAGUCAUCGUCGGAGCUCUCUGGGUCGCUGCUGCAGCGUUUAAUUGAAUUGGCACAAUGGUCGGAUUUAAUCGUCUUCGAUUACCUGAUCGCGAACCUCGAUCGUGUCGUUAAUAACUUGUACAACUUUCAAUGGAAUGCCGACAUUAUGGCUGCGCCCGCUCACAAUCUCGCACGCCAGCGCCAGUCGCAGCUGCUUGUCUUCCUGGACAACGAGUCGGGGCUGCUGCACGGCUAUCGGCUGCUCAAAAAAUAUGAGGCCUAUCACAGUCUGCUGCUUGACAAUCUCUGCGUCUUUCGCCGUCCCACUGUCGACGCUCUGCGGCGUUUGCGUGCCGAGGGCGCGGGUCGCCAACUGCGUGAACUAUUUCAGCGCAGCACCAGCGCCGGCGUGCGUGACGUGCUGCCCUCGCUGCCGGAUAAAUCAAUCAAGAUACUCGCGGAACGCAUCGAUCGCGUGCUGAGCCAAGUGCAAAAGUGCGCCGACAGCAACAAGAGCUGAGCGACGAACAGAACAACAGAACACACUCAACUCAACUCAACUCAACUUAACUGACUGAAUAAUAAGCUGUAAAUAAUUGUUAAAAAAACAAAUAGAUCGCUCGACAUAAAGUUAGACAGCAGCAGCUUGCAAAUUGUCGCUCAGCUGCGCAUUGUCGCUUAGCUGCUGCAUUUGUUAAUAUUUAUUAAGCUUAAGCCAAAUGUUUAUUGCACUGGCGCCACACACACCCACCCACCCAUACCCCACCAACACCCACAACAGAAUAUAGUCAAUAGCUAACUCACAAACAAAACUCUGAACUUUACGCCCAGUGGUUGGCCACGAGUAUUAACUGAAUGAGAAACAAACUCCAACUGAGAGUCUGGCGAGUAUUAAUAACAAACCGAGCCGAUCUUACUACUUAAGUCAACACACAUAUUUUUUUCAUUUUAUAUUGUUUAAUUUAGUUUAUUUAGCAGCUAUGCCUUUGUGAUAUUUUGUUUAAGCCGAUUAGACGAAAACUAAUUUAAUUGUUUAAGUAGUUACAUAUCUUUGCUGUAUAAUUUAUGGGCCAUUAUUUUGCUUAAGCGCAACGAAUAAAAACAAAAACAAAUAUUAUGAA